UCAAAUGAAAUUGAUAAUACCUAGCUCCUUAUGACUUGUACAGGGAUAAACGUAUUUCAGCAGGGCAAAAGGCUGAGCUCGAAGGGAUCGUGUUUUUUGUCUAUUUGUGCGUGUUUUUCAUACUUUUUUUUGCAGCUGAGUUUCUAUGUUCUGUGCAGAAUGGCUGUUGAUGGUGGGUGUGGGGACAAUGGAGACUGGGAAGGUCGCUGGAACCAUGUCAAGAAGUUCCUCGAGCGAUCUGGACCGUUCACACACCCUGAUUUCGAGCCAGGCACUCAACCCCUUGAUUUUCUCUUAAAUACAUGUAAAGUUCUAGUAAUUGGAGCUGGAGGAUUGGGAUGUGAACUCCUGAAAAAUCUGGCACUAUCUGGUUUUAGACAGAUUCAUGUAAUUGAUAUGGACACUAUUGAUGUAUCUAACUUAAACAGGCAAUUCUUGUUUCGACCUAAAGAUGUUGGCCGUCCUAAGGCAGAAGUCGCUGCUGAGUUUCUCAAUAGCCGUAUUCCCAAUUGUGCAGUGGUACCACAUUAUAAAAAGAUUCAGGAUCUGGAUGAAACUUUCUAUAGACAAUUUCAUAUAAUUGUAUGUGGUUUGGAUUCAAUUAUUGCAAGAAGAUGGAUAAAUGGCAUGUUGAUUUCCCUUUUAAACUAUGAAGAUGGGGUAGUAGAUCCAAGUUCUAUUAUACCUUUGAUUGACGGAGGAACAGAAGGUUUUAAAGGAAAUGCUCGUGUGAUUAUUCCAGGCAUGACAGCUUGUAUUGAAUGUACGCUUGAACUUUAUCCACCACAGGUAAAUUUUCCCAUGUGUACAAUUGCUUCAAUGCCUCGUCUGCCAGAACACUGUAUUGAGUACGUCAGAAUAUUGCAGUGGCCCAAGGAACAACCUUUUGGAGAAGGUGUUUCCCUAGAUGGAGAUGACCCAGAACACAUACAAUGGAUUUUUGAAAAAUCUAUAGACAGGGCAUCACAAUUUAAUAUUAAAGGUCUAACCUAUAGGCUCACACAAGGAGUUGUAAAGCGGAUCAUUCCAGCAGUAGCAUCGACAAAUGCUGUAAUUGCAGCUAUAUGUGCCACUGAAGUCUUCAAAAUAGCCACAAGUGCAUACAUGCCUCUGAACAACUAUUUGGUGUUCAAUGAUGUUGAUGGUCUGUAUACAUACACAUUUGAAGCUGAAAAGAAGGAAAAUUGUCUGGCUUGUAGUCAGCUUCCUCAAAACAUAGAGUUUUCUCCAUCAGCUAAACUGCAGGAAGUCUUGGAUUAUUUAACAAAUAGUGCUUCAUUACAAAUGAAAUCUCCUGCAAUAACUGCUACGGUAUAUGGAAGAAAUAAAACUCUAUAUUUACAGUCAGUAGCUUCAAUUGAAGAACGAACAAGGCCGAAUCUUUCAAAGACUUUAAAAGAACUGGGCCUUGUUGAUGGUCAGGAGCUUGCAGUUGCGGAUGUCACAACACCACAAACUGUACUCUUCAAACUUCAUUUUAUUACUUGAUAUGAAUACAGGUGAUGUAAACAGGCACUGAAGAAAGUCUCCAAACCACUUCUGUACAGGGGAAGAAGGGGAGGAAGGAUGAGUUAUCCAGACAUAAUCUAUUUAUAUAAGCAUUGAUGGAAGUUUAUCUUGAAUAAAUCACUCUUAUUUUAGAA